AUGGACGCGAAACCGAGCGUGUUUGAACUCAUUCCUGGUUCGCUCCCGAAGACGCGCUUCGCCGACGCGGUGGGAGAGGCGACGGCGGCGCUUUCGAAGUGUAUGGAAGAAGCCGAAAGCGAAGUGCGUGCCGUUGCUCCGGUGAGCCCGACGAGCGUGUAUCGGGACAUCUUCGGAGCGUUCAUCAAGAAAGGUGGGUCGCGCGAUGCAUUUUUCGUCGAGGCGGAGACGAACCCAGGUUUGGAUGCCGUUCGAGUUUCGGUGAACGACUUGCUCAACUCUAUUCGCGUACUUGAAGAAAAAUUGGCCGACAUCGAAUCUUCGGGAGGCUUACCCGAGACGCUGAUCCACGGCGACGUCCAUUACGAUAAUUCCCUCGCGGAUGAGACGACGGGUAAAGUCACGGGCAUCAUCGACUUUGAGUUUGCAUCGUACGACUGGCGUAUGAUGGAAGCCGCCGCAGGUUUGUCCAAGUACGUCGGCGAACGCGAUCCUCUGCCGUUCGUUGUCGACUACAUCAAGGGAUUUUGCCGGCGCGCGACGCCGACCGAGGCCGAGAUCGACGCCCUUCCGGACUUGAUAAAACUUCGCGUGCUCGAAACCGUCGUGUACUUCGUCGCGAGAAGCGCCGCGAAAGAAGACGACAUCUCGCAACUAGCGCUCAGAGCCGAAAACUACGCCGCGCGCGUUCGAUGGAUCGACGCCAACGCGCAAGUCAUUCGCGACACCAUGCGCACCGCGCUCGCGUAA